UUCCUGCGCGGCGGCGGCGGCGGCGCUGGGCAAAGCCGGAGCGCGCUCGGCACUGCCGCUCCCCGCCCGCCGGCCAUGCAGCCCUUCACGGUGAACAUCAAGCUGUCGGCGCGGACCCUGACGGGCGCUCUGAGCGCGCCCAACAGGGGGGCGGCGGACUGGGGUUGGCAAGGUUUGAUUGCAUAUGGAUGUCAUUCUCUUGUGCUCAUAGUUGAUGCCAGUACUGCUCAGACUUUACAAGUUUUGGAAAGACACAAAGCUAAUGUUGUCAAGGUUAAAUGGGCUAAAGAAAACUACCAUCACAAUAUUGGCUCUCCAUAUUCUUUACGUUUAGCUUCUGCUGAUGCUACUGGAAAAAUAAUUGUUUGGGAUGUGGCAACAGGAACAGCUCGUUGUGAAAUACAAGAACAUGCAAAACCAAUUCAAGACAUGCAGUGGUUGUGGAAUCAAGAUGCUUCUAGAGAUCUACUGCUUGCAGUUCAUCCACCUAACUAUAUUGUACUGUGGAAUGCAGAUACAGGCACCAAACUUUGGAAGAAAAGUUAUGCGGAAAAUAUUCUGUCUUUUUCGUUUGACCCCUUUGAUCCAUCACACUUAGCUUUGCUCACCAGUGAGGGAAUAGUGUUCAUCUCCGACUUCUCUCCUUCCAAAGCUCCUGCCAGCUCAGGGAAGAAGGUCUACAUCUCCAGUCCCCAUUCCAGUCCUUCUCACAACAAGCUAGCUGCUGCUACAGGGGCCAAAAAAGCCCUUGAUAAAGUAAAAAUUUUAAUUAGUAAUGAAAAACCAAGUGCUGAAUCUGUUACACUGAACGAUUGUCUUCAAUUGUCAUACUUACCUUCCAAAAGAAAUUACAUGUUGUUACUCUAUCCCAGAGAAAUUUUGAUUCUUGACUUGGAAGUGAAUCAGACAGUGGGUGUGAUUGCAAUCGAAAGAACAGGUGUGCCUUUCCUACAGGUAGUUCCUUGCUUUCAGCGUGAUGGGUUAUUUUGCCUACAUGAAAAUGGCUGUAUAACUUUAAGAGUUCGCAGAUCUAACUGCUGUGUAACUGGAACUCCAAAUGAAGAACCAGAUCCCGACCCAGUUCAGGAGCUGAUUUAUGAUUUAAGAAGUCAAUGUGAUGCAAUUAGAGUAACAAAAACGGUUCGUCCAUUCAGUAUGGUGUGUUGCCCAGUGAAUGAGAAUUCUGCAGCUCUCAUAGUCAGCGAUGGCAGGGUAAUGAUCUGGGAAUUAAAAUCCAAUAUUUCUGGCAGAAAUUUGCAGAACAGCAGUUCAAGUGCAUCACCAUUGUAUUCUCCAGUUUCAUUCUGCGGGAUUCCUAUAGGAACAUUCCAAAAUAAACUUCCAGACCUUUCAUUAGACAACAUGAUAGCAGGGCAAGGUACAGCUGCUGGAGAAGAUCAGUCAAAAAGUUCUUUUCUGCAAGAAGUGCACCUCAAAUUUCUGCUGACUGGACUUCUUUCAGGACUACCUUUGCCUCCAUUUGCUAUCCGUAUGUGCCCACCUCUUACAACAAAAAACAUUAAACAAUAUGAGCCACUCCUUGCUGUUGGUACAAGUAAUGGCUCUGUCUUGGUUUUUCAUCUUACAAGUGGACUCUUACACAAAGAGAUAAGCAUCCAUUCCUGUGAAGUCAAGGGAAUUGAGUGGAUAAGCUUGACAGGUUUUCUUUCCUUUGCCACAUCAACACCUAACAAUUUGGGGUUAGUAAGGAAUGAGCUGCAGCUGGUGGACUUACCAACAGGCAGGAGCAUAGCAUUUCGUGGGGAGCGAGGUAAUGAUGAGCCAGCUAUUGAAAUGAUAAAGGUGUCUCAUCUGAAGCAAUAUCUAGCUGUCGUAUUUAAAGACAAACCCCUGGAAAUCUGGGAUGUCAGAACAUGCACUCUGCUCAGAGAAAUGUCAAAAAACUUCCCUACAGUGACUGCUUUGGAAUGGUCACCUUCUCAUAACUUAAAAAGCUUGAGGAAGAAGCAGCUAGCAGCCCGUGAGGCCAUGGCCCGACAGACGGUUGCCUCAGAUACUGAAGUCAGCAGUGUAGAAUCUUCUGUUAUCAGUUUGUUACAGGAAGCUGAAAGUAAAUCUGAGCUGAGCCAGAACAUUUCUGCCAGAGAGCACUUUGUGUUUACAGAUACUGAUGGACAGGUUUAUCAUCUCACAGUAGAAGGAAACUCAGUAAAAGACAGUGCAAGAAUUCCUCCUGAUGGAAGUAUGGGUAGCAUUACAUGUAUUGCCUGGAAAGGGGAUACCUUGGUUCUUGGAGAUGUUGAUGGAAACUUAAACUUCUGGGAUUUGAAAGCUAGAGUAUCCAGGGGGAUCCCUACACACCGAAGCUGGGUGAAAAAAAUACGUUUUGCCCCAGGGAAAGGAAAUCAGAAGCUUAUUGCAAUGUACAAUGAUGGAGCUGAAGUUUGGGAUGCAAAAGAGGUACAAAUGGUAAGCAGUUUAAGAAGCGGAAGAAAUGUCAAUUUCCGGAUCCUGGAUGUAGAUUGGUGUACUUCAGACAAAGUCAUUUUGGCAUCAGAUGAUGGAUGCAUUAGAGUCCUAGAGAUGUCCAUGAAAUCAUCAUGUUUUAGAAUGGAUGAACAAGACUUAAUAGAACCUGCAUGGUGUCCUUAUCUCCUUGUUCCAAGGGCUUCAUUAGCUUUAAAAGCAUUCUUACUGCAUCAGCCAUGGAAUGAAAAAUACUGUCUAGAUAUUAACAAUGUUGAUUAUCCAGAAACUGAAAAUAUUAAAAACCUGAUUCAAGAGCAAUUGAAUUCAUUGUCCAAUGACAUAAAGAAACUUUUGCUUGAUCCAGAGUUUACUCUUUUGCAAAGAUGUCUUCUUGUUGCAAGACUGUAUGGAGAUGAAUCUGAACUGCAUUUCUGGACUGUUGCUGCCCACUAUUUGCACAGCUUAUUCCAGGAUAAACUCACAAAACCAAUCGAUACAGAUGUACUUCAAGAAAAAUUGGUCAAUCCAUUGGAUAUAUGCUAUGACAUACUGUGUGAAAAUUAUUACUUCCAGAAAUUCCAACUCGAAAGGGUAAAUCUCCAGGAGGUAAAGAGAUCCACAUAUGAUCACACUAAGAAAUGUGCUGACCAACUUCUCCUCCUAGGCCAGACUGACAGAGCAGUACAACUGCUGUUAGAAACAAGCUCAGAGAAUGCACAUUACUACUGUGAUUCACUCAAAGCUUGCUUGGUCACAACUGUCACCUCCUCAGGUCCAUCUCAGAGCACCAUUAAACUGGUAGCAACGAACAUGAUAGCCAAUGGAAAGCUUGCAGAGGGUGUCCAGUUGUUGUGUCUGAUAGAUAAGGCUGCUGAUGCCUGUCGCUACUUGCAAACCUAUGGUGAAUGGAAUCGUGCAGCAUGGCUUGCAAAAGUUCGUUUAAACUCGGAAGAGUGUACUGAUGUGUUAAAGCGCUGGGUAGAUCACCUUUGCUCUCCACAAGUCAACCAGAAAUCCAAAGCCAUUCUUGUCCUUUUGUCACUUGGAUGCUUUACAAAAGUUGUAGAGAUGUUGCACAGUAUGAGGUACUUCGAUAGAGCAGCUUUGUUUGUUGAAGCUUGUCUGAAGUACGGGGCAUUUGAAGUUAAUGAUGAUACAAAUAAACUGAUCCAUGCUGUAUUUGCAGAUUAUGCCAGGAGCUUGAAGAUCCUAGGCUUUAAGCAGGGAGCUAUUUUCUUUGCCUCAAAAGCAGGAGAAACUGGUAAAGAUUUAUUAAUUGAACUCAAACAGCCUAAAGAGGAAGUGACACAAGGGUAAUAAUUUAUUGUUAAAAGGAGAUUUCCUGUCAAACAGAGUAAGAUCAGUCAGGAUGAGAGUCUGAUUGUGUAAAAAUGAAUUUUCUCCUGAAUCACUAUGAUAGCUAGUAUAUGUGAUUUAAGCAAAAAAUGUUAAAUAUUUGUGGAGGCAAGGUUAAGAACUGAUUAAUAAUACACUUAUCUCAUUUUUAUGUAUAAAUUGUCUUCAUCUUCAAAAGAAGAGAUGGAAGCAUAUGAUAAAAUUGUACAAGAAUAUUGCAAACUUUUUCAACUAAAGCAGAUGAAAAUCUAAAAAUUUACUGAAGGAAUUCUAAACAUAUAUAGAAGUCUACAUUUACUUCUAAAAAUCAAAUCUUUAGACAUCUUCACUACUGUUGUAUUUAUAUGUGUAAAUGACUCAGACUGUAUUAUAAAAGUAUAAAUGUAUUUAAAGAAUAAAUAGAGAUCACAAGGCACACAGUUCAGUCUUGGAAAGUCAUAUUUUCUCAAAUCCCAUUUUCCUGUUUAAAAUUGUAUUUCAAAUCAGUUCAUUGUAUUGGCAUUUUCAUAACUGCCUGGAAUGGAAUCCUUACUAGAUUUAAUUAUAGAAAUUGCAGUUUCUGAAAA